GUAUUGGCUGUUUUUCUUUCACAAGGUUCCCAAAGAACUCAGAGAUUUGGAAUAUUGGGUUACAGUGUGGCAAAAUGGCGACGGUCAUUCAGAAUCCGCUGAAAGCGCUCGGGGACCAGUUCUACAGGGAGGCCAUUGAGCACUGUCGCAGCUACAAUGCCCGCUUGUGUGCGGAGCGCAGCGUACGCAUUCCCUUCCUGGACUCUCAGACGGGCGUAGCUCAGAACAACUGUUACAUCUGGAUGGAGAAGCGGCACCGGGGGCCAGGGUUGGCAGCAGGUCAGAUGUACACCUACCCAGCGCGUUGCUGGAGAAAGAAGAGGCGACUUCACCCACCACUUGACCCCCAGCUUCGCCUUUGUGAACUCCGACUCGAGGCUGAGCUGAUGGCCAAGAGAGAAGCCCCAGCGACGGAGGCCACGGCCCUGGAGGCUCUGUUACGAGGUGAUGGGAUCUUGGACAAGAGGAACAAUAACUCCAAAGAGGAAGAGACACUACUGGAAAUCCAGAGGGUGCUUGAGGCAGAUGAAAAUGGGGAUGGUUUCCAUGACGAUGAAGAUUUUGAAGUGGACACACCAAAGAGGAAGCAUCGAAACAAAGGCAGGGGUCGAGGCUCUGGGCGCAGGCGAACAGAAGCAGUGGCCAACGACGAUCAGGAUAAACCCUACGUGUGUGACAACAGAUGCAAACAAAAGCAUAACUCAAAAACCGCUGACUCAGUUUGUGGGAAGCGUUACAAAAACCGCCCUGGACUAAGCUACCAUUACACCCAUACUCACCUUGCUGAAGAGGAGGGUGAGGAAGAACGUGAAACUGAAAUCCCCCAAUCUCCUCCUAUCCACCAUGAGAAUCACAAACCACAGAAAGGGCCUGAUGGCACGAUCAUCCCUAAUGACUACUGUGACUUCUGUCUGGGAGACUCAGGCUCUAACAGGAAGACAGGCCAGGCUGAGGAGCUUGUUUCCUGUUCAGACUGCGGCCGUUCUGCUGAUCGCGUCGGUGGGACCAGGGCGAAGAGGAGGACGGGCGGAGUUCUGGACAUGUUCGGCGACACGUCAGAAAGCGAGGCAUCCACCUUUCACGGCUUUGAGGAGGACGACCUGGACGGGCUUCUGUCCGACGACAGCACAGGCUCACCUCAGUACAGAUAGACAAAGGAGAAACCUCAAGGAAACAGCAUCAGAGAAACGUUCGGCAUGUGUCUGCUGCCUGUUUUUUUUUCCCUGUUGUUUUGCAGCAGCUUGCAUAAUGGAUUCACAACUCCAGACACAAUGUUAACUUCAGGAAUUGCUUUCAAAGGACAAGUUGCAGCCUUUUAUAAAUUAAGGAAUUUUGUUUUUAUUGCUUCACACUUCUGUAUACUGAGAGGUGCUAGUUAUUGGACAGAGGAGCCAUCACUUCUGGACUGUUUGUUUUCCGUAAUGGAAAAUUGCAGGGACGUUACCAAUGUGUGAACAUGGAUUACACUUCGCCAUGUAAGAUAAAAUGCCUACUGUGUGGAAAUUUACUUUAGAAAUAGAAAUUAAAGAAUUUCAAUCCUCAAGGAGGAGAAAAUACUCAACAUGUGUCUGUAGGUCGGAUAGUGAAGAGGUUUUUUUCCCCCUACCUCUGGAUAAAUACAAUAUUUGCAACGAAAGGGAUCACGAGAAGGCAGAGAAUGGGCUGAGGCCAGGCCCUGAUUGGAUCCAGAGGGAAGGGAGGACAGUUUGCAGAGAGGUAAGAGCCAGUUGGCAUUUAAAUGUCCAUCUCUCCUCCUUUCUCAGGACAGCUGCAAGAACAACAACAAAAAAAAGAAAAUGAAAUUUGAAAUCCCAUGUUUGCUGGAGCAUACAUGAUACUUGGCCUCUCCCUAGUUUUGUUGAGUAAGAAGAAGAAAAAGGACUCGUAUUUUUGGAGUAAUUUCCCUUUACUAUUCAGGAAACUCUCCUUAAACAACAGGUACAAGAAGCGGUACAACUGUAGCAUAUGUGCAAUGAUUCUCAUGAAGGCUUUGUUUUGCAAAUAAAAUCCGGACCAUUCACCUCUGUUAA